AGAGUGUCUGGUGAUGACAGGAAUAGGAAGACGAGCUGGAAAACAUGAGAGAAUAAGAGAACCAAAAUAAGAGUUUGGUCAUCUUGGUGUAUUUCUUCAUGAUCACCACUAGCAGUUACUCGCCUAAACAUCAGAUGGCGCAGGUGAGUCAGGACCGACAGCAGUAAAAACAGACGAACGACUGAUCGCUGGCUGAGUGCACCACGCAGAAUUCUCUCUCUAUCAGAUUUUUCUUGACGGUUUCACAUUUUUCUUUGUUUUGCAAUAAAAUUACUUUUAAACGUUACAGAAUAAGGAACUGUUAACUCGUUGGACUUCAAAAUAGCUCAAGAUGGCUUUGGUGCCCUAUGAUGAGAAUCUAGUGCCUGGGCUGUCGAAACUUCACCAGACUUCAGCUGAAUUUCAACUGGCCAAUCACAGGAUCAGACUCAGCCAGGACUGGAACCGAUUGGGUGUCGCUGCUGUGGUCUGGGACGCAGCAGUAGUGCUCUCUAUGUUCCUGGAGAUGGGAACGGUGGAUCUGAAAGGAAAGAGAGUUAUUGAGCUUGGAGCCGGUACUGGUUUGGUGGGCAUUGUAGCUGCUCUGCUUGGAGCCAAUGUGACAAUUACAGACCGAGAGCCUGCAUUGGAAUUUCUGGCUGCCAAUAUGCGUGAAAACAUUCCUCCCAACCAGCAGGGGGCGGUACAGGUAUCUGAACUUACCUGGGGUGAGAAUCUACAUCUGUAUCCCACAGGCAGCUUCGAUUUGAUCCUGGGAGCCGACAUUGUUUACCUGGAGGAGACGUUUCCCGCCCUCCUGCAGACUCUUGAACACCUGAGCUCGGAGAACACGGUGGUGUUGUUGUCCUGUCGGAUUCGUUACGAGCGUGACGAGCGCUUCCUCGUGGAGCUACGGCGGAGGUUCUCUGUGCAAGAGGUCCAUUAUGACUCUCAAAGGGACAUUCACAUCUACAGAGCGGUGAAGAACACGGCAAACACUGAACUGUAAAAGCUGGAUGGAGCUUCCUGUUUGUAAUUCAAAGCAUUUUAAAUACUGAAGCGGGAGGUGAAGUUGUUGGUGUAGAGCAGUGGUCGGCCACUGGCCUGCCAGCAAUAAUAUCUGGCCCAUGCCCGCAGUCAGGUUAUUUUAAAAGCG